AUUCCAAAUGAAAAUCUAUGUGUUGAAAUGCGUGUAUAGAAAGUUAUGAUUGUUGAGAAGAUAAAUCAAAUUUAAGAAAGGGUAUCAAGAAACAUUUGCAAACCUUUCCCGCGUGAAAUAGAAUCAAGAUCAGGACUAGAAAAUAUUACUAAUAUUUCCAAUUAAAGUAGGACUACGAUUUUAAAUCCUAGUUCCACUCGGAUACGACCACUUUAUAAAUAGCACUACUGCUCUCAUAGUAGCAUACUUUUUCACACAAAUCUACUAAGUAAUUUUCUCUUCUUUCAGAAAGAAUCAACAAUGGUAUUUGCCGGUGUUGAGGCCGUUGCCUAUUCUUUCAUUCGUCGUGUGAAAUCACAUCCACAACUUUACUGUCAAUUUCGUCAAGUCAUGAGUCGUUAUGAUACUGAAAAGGAUGUCUCGGCGGUCAUAUCUGAAUUGGAGAAUCUGUUCCAAUCCCACCAUGAUUUGCUUACUGGCUACCGAGUUUUCUUGCCUCCACAAUUUCAAGAAACGUUACCGCAGUCACGACAGCCCCGAAAGAACAAUGUUAUCCACGCUGAUACGAAUAAAUUGAACCCUUGCAUUGGUUUUAUGAAUAAAGUGCAAAAACGAUUUGCUGAUGAACGGGGUGUUAUCAGGGCAUACUUGGAGAUCAUCAGGGAAAUCACUAAGGGUAAACUUUCUAAUAAAGAGGCUUAUGAUGCAGUUGCGAAAAUCUUUGGUGAUGAAAAUCAAGAUUUGGUGGAUGAGUUUGAGUUGCUUUUGGGUACUGAUUAUGGGGCUAGAAAGAAAAUUAAGAAGAAGGAGGAGGAGGCAUCACCAAGUAAUAGUGGUGAUGAAAUUAAGACUCGAAGGCAGAAAAAACAUGAUGACUUUCGCAUGGAAGAUGAGAUGUUUGAAGCUGACAUUCACUUGUCCCAUGUUAGAAGAACUGUGAAUUCUGCAAAAGCUUUGAUGCAAACCUUGAGGGAGUCAGCAGAUCAAAUAAUCAAUAUCGAUAAAUAUUUUAGUGCUGUGAGUCUCAGUUGCAUUAGGAAAGAAUACAAAGAACAAGGUUUCGCUAUUAUAAAGAGACUCCGGGAAGAUCCGAAACAUGUUCUGCCCCAAAUUUUGUCACAGUUGGAGCCCAGAGAAGCGGAACUGGUCGAGUCAAGAGAGAAACGGAACAAAUAUUGGCGUGAAGUUCAUGAGCAGAAACGGAAUUUUAUGACUACUUCAUCAUAGAAUGAUAUAUGCAACUUAUCAUUGCAAGAAUAUUGAAGUUUCAGAAGCUACUGUUUCAACUAGAUAUGGGAAUGAUUGAAGGCUAAGCAUAAGUGAACAAUGAUAACCGGUACUUCAGAGUCUAAACCAAAUUCAAAAGCUCCAGCCAUGGUAUUUAUAAAAUGAUUUUUGAAUAAGACUUCUAGCAGUUUUUUUAAUUAGAUGUCCCCGAAGGGACACUUCUGGCAGUUAAUUACUCUUGAAGAAGCACAGUACACUUUAAAGCAUUUGAAAGAAGUGCUUUUUUGUGCUAAAACACAGCCAGCUGCCUUAUCUUACUGUCGCUAUCACCAAUCAAGAAGUGUAUAAAGUUAUGCACACACAGAUUAAACAUGCAUUUAGGUAAUUAAUACAGCCAAUCGCCGAUCAGGAACACUACUAUCACAAAGUAUAUCCUGGCCCAAACCAAGGCAAAGAAACGGAAG